GCGGAGCUCCGCGGCGGCGCCUCAGCUGACGGCCGGAAGCGGAUCCGCCCGCCGCAAACUGAAGGUGCUGGUAGUUCAGCCUAGUCAGUCACAGGCUGCUUUCGAGCCGCGUCUCCGGGAUGGGCGCUGCGCCGGGUACGACGCUUUUGCUCUGGCUCUGCCUCUUCGCGCUGCUUCUCGAGGUGUCGCACAAAUGGGUGUCUGCUCAGCAUUGCGUGUGGUAUGGCGAGUGCGGCAUGUCUACCAAGGUCCCUGGGAAACGCUACAACUGUAACUACACUGGUCCCCCCAUCCCUUUGCCCGAGGAGGGGCACGACCUGCUGGCGGAGCUGUGCCCAGGGUUGGACUAUGGAACCGACAGCCUCUGCUGUGACGUCCAGCAGCUACAGACCCUGAAAGGGAGUCUUCAGCUUCCUCUUCAGUUCCUCUCAAGGUGUCCUGCCUGCUUCUACAACUUGGUAAACCUGUUCUGCGAGCUGACGUGCAGCCCGCGCCAGAGCCUCUUCCUGAAUGCCACCAAGUUCUCUCCCGAUGCUGAGCACAACAAGACCAAUGUGGAGGAACUGCAGUACUACAUCGGGCAGACGUUCGCCAACGCGAUGUUCAACGCCUGCAUGGACGUUCAGGCCCCGUCGAGCAACGUCAAGGCCCUUUCGCUCCUCUGUGGGAAGGACGCAAAGGACUGCAAUGCCACCAACUGGAUAGAGUACAUGUUCAGCAUCAACAAUGGCCAGGCUCCCUUCUCCAUCACCCCCAUCUUUACAGAUGUUCCGAUGGCCGCCAUGACGCCGAUGACCAACGCGACACGUGGCUGCAACGAGUCCCUCCCGGACGGGUCGGAACCAUGCUCGUGCCAAGACUGCAGUCUGGUGUGUGGGCCCAUGCCCGUGCCGCCCCCCCUGCCCCCGCCCUGGACCAUCCUGGGCAUGGACGCCAUGGCUGUCAUCAUGUGGAUCUCCUACCUAGUCUUCCUGCUGGUCUUCAUCGGUGGGGUCUUGGGCACCUGGUGCUACAGGAGGAGAGCCAUCCUGUCAGAAUAUGGACCUAUCCUGGACAGCAACAGCGCUCACUCCGUGAACAGAGACGGCGACUCGGGCGCGGUCACCUGCUGCGAGACGCUGGGCGAGGCCUUUGAGGAAGCGCUGCGGCGCCUCUUCUCGGCCUGGGGGUCGCUGUGCGUGCGCCAGCCGCUGGCCGUGAUCCUGGCCAGCCUGGUCAUUGUGGCGGCGUGCUCGGGGGGCCUGGCCUACAUGCGCGUCACUACCGAUCCGGUGGAGCUGUGGUCGGCGCCGGGCAGCCAGGCCCGCCAGGAGAAGGACUACUUCGACAGCCAUUUCGGGCCCUUCUUCCGCACGGAGCAGCUAAUCAUCACCACCACCCUGCACUCGGCUUCCACCUUCUCCCCAUACUUUGGAGGUCCUGACGUGCCGUUUGGUGCCCCACUGGACAAGGGGGUGCUGCAUCAGGUGCUGGACUUCCAGACGGACAUCGAGAACCUGGAGGCCAGCUACGGGAACGGGACUGUGCGCCUGAAGGACAUCUGCCUGGCCCCGCUGGCCCCCUACAACGACAACUGCACCAUCCUCAGCGUGCUCAACUACUUCCAGAACAGCCACGAGGUGCUCGACCACCAGAUAGGAGACGAGUUCUUCACGUACGCGGACUACCACAGCCACUUCCUGUACUGCGUCAGCGCCCCAGCCUCGCUGAACGACACGGGGCUCCUCCACGACCCCUGCCUCGGCACCUUCGGCGGCCCCAUCUUCCCCUGGCUUGUUCUCGGUGGCUACGACGCUGCCAACUACAACAAUGCCACGGCCCUGGUGAUCACGUUCCCAGUGAACAACUACCACAACGACACGGAGAGGCUGAACAAGGCGCUGGCCUGGGAGGCCGAAUUCAUCCGGUUCGUGAAGAACUACAGCAACCCGAACCUGACCAUUGCCUUCAGCGCGGAGCGCAGCAUUGAGGACGAGAUCGACCGCGAGAGCAGCAGCGACAUCUUCACCAUCGGCAUCAGCUACGCCAUCAUGUUUGUCUACAUCUCCCUGGCGCUGGGCCACAUCCAGAGCUUCCGACGCCUGCUGGUGGACUCGAAGAUCUCGCUGGGCAUCGCCGGGAUCCUCAUCGUACUCGGCUCGGUGGCCUGCUCGCUGGGCAUCUUCAGCUAUGCCGGCGUGCCCCUAACCCUCAUCGUCAUCGAGGUCAUCCCCUUCCUGGUCCUGGCAGUGGGCGUGGACAACAUCUUCAUCAUUGUGCAGACGUACCAGAGGGACGAGCGGAUGCCCCAGGAGGAACUUCACCAGCAGAUCGGCCGCAUCCUGGGUGACGUGGCGCCCAGCAUGUUCCUCUCCUCCCUCUCGGAGACUGUGGCCUUCUUCCUGGGUGCUCUGUCCACCAUGCCGGCCGUGCGCACCUUCUCCCUCUUUGCCGGCUUGGCCGUUUUCAUCGACUUCCUGCUGCAGAUCAGCUGCUUCGUGAGCCUGCUGGGCCUGGAUAUCCGAAGGCAAGAGAGCAACCGCCUGGACAUCAUGUGCUGCAUAAAGCUGCCUGAGGGCCAGGAGGGGAAGACCGACGGCUUCCUUUUCAGGUUCUUCAAGAAGAUCUAUGCGCCCUUCAUUCUGAAGGACUGGGUGCGGCCCAUCGUGGUAUCAGUGUUCGUGGGCAUGCUGUCCUUCAGCAUUGCUGUGAUAAAUAAGGUAGACAUCGGCCUGGACCAGAAGCUCUCCAUGCCUGAUGACUCCUACAUGCUGCACUACUUCACCAACCUGAGCGCAUACCUCCACACCGGCGCACCCGUCUACUUCGUGGUGGAGGACGGCCAUGACUACCGGACGCUGGAAGGGCAAAACGCCAUUUGUGGGGGCGUGGGCUGCAACAACGACUCUCUCAUCCAGCAGCUCUACACGGCCUCUCAGAUGAGCAACUACACGAGAAUCGGCUUCCCGUCCUCGUCCUGGCUGGAUGACUACUUCGACUGGGUGAAGCCGGAAUCCACAUGUUGUAGGAUCUACAACACGUCCGGCGCCUUCUGCAACGCCUCCGUGGUGGACAAGUCCUGCGUUCACUGCCGCUCCCCAACACAAGGGAGGACCAGGCCCACCGAGGGCGAGUUCAUGAAGUUCCUGCCCAUGUUCCUGUCUGACAAUCCCAACCCCAAAUGCGGCAAAGGAGGGCAUGCGGCCUACAGCGCUGCGGUGGCCCUGACGCACAACGGCACCGACGUGGGCGCGUCCUACUUCAUGACCUACCACACCAUCCUGCAGACCUCGCAGGACUUCAUCGACGCCAUGAAGAUGGCGCGUAUCCUGGCCGACAACAUCACCCGCACCAUGGCCCCGCAGGGCAAGAACUACAGCGUCUUUCCUUACAGCGUGUUCUACGUGUUCUACGAGCAGUACCUCACCAUCGCCGCGGACACGGCCUUCAACCUGGGGGUGUCCCUGGCGGCCAUCUUCGUGGUGACCACCGUGCUGCUGGGCUUCGAGCUCUGGUCUGCCGUCAUGGUCUGCAUCACCAUCGCCAUGAUCCUCGUCAACAUGUUCGGGGUCAUGUGGCUCUGGAGCAUCAGCCUGAAUGCCGUGUCGCUCGUCAACCUGGUCAUGACCUGCGGCAUCUCCGUGGAGUUCUGCAGCCACAUCGUGCGUGCCUUCUCCAUCGGCACCGGCAGCACGCGGGUCGACCGGGCCGAACAGGCGCUGGCUAACAUGGGGAGCUCCGUGUUCAGCGGAAUCACUCUGACCAAGUUCGGCGGCAUCCUUAUCCUGGCCCUCUCCAAGUCCCAGAUAUUCCAGGUCUUCUAUUUCCGCAUGUACCUGGCUAUCGUGCUUCUGGGGGCGGCCCACGGCCUCAUCUUCCUGCCCGUGCUGCUGAGUUACGCAGGUCCCUCUGUAAAUAAAGCCAAACUGGCUGCUUCUCGAAAACGCUACGUGGGAACGGAGAGGGAGCGGCUGCUGAACCUCUAAGGCCUUCUCAAGAUAGGGGUGGGUCUGCGUUUCGGCGAUGGCGUGGGCCAGCUUCGGAUCUCGUCCUCCGAUCGCACACGGAUGCUUGCCCCACCCAGAAAAACUUCAGGCUGACUUCAUCUCUAACUCAGGAACUCUCAAAACCACACACACCACCUGGCACGUAAUAUUAUUUUUCGUUUUCAUCCAUCGGCAACACUACACAAGCACCGUGCCGCACGGAACCACACCCUGGACACGAGGGGGUGGGGGGCGGGGGUUUCACUGCAUGGAGUCAAGUGUCGACGAGGGACAUUGAUGUCUUCCUCUCUAGCAGCGGUAUAGGGACCCAGUAGCCGCUGCUGUGCCGGAUCGUCCUUUCCAGACACUGAAUCAGACGCGCAUCCAGACAGAUUUGCUUUUUAAUGGAUCUGUAUGUGCAACUGUAUAAAGGCUAAACAUUUUUUUCACAAAGUGAGACGAUGAGUUUAACUAACUUUGUACAUGACAAAUUGUAAAAUGGCUUGGGUGUUCAGAAGGGCUUUGCAGAGAUUUUUGUUCCAGAAGUUGCCAGUUGGAAAAUCUCACGAUGUUUCCUUGUCAGACACGAAACCACGGGACGACGCGGUCGCUACAAGCGGUUUGACGAUCUACAAGGGAACUUAAAAGGUUUUUGUUUUUGUAAAACAACUUGUCACAGGCUCCUUUCCCUGACUGCCGAUGCUCAUUUUAAUGAGGACCUCGAUGCCGGGGGGGGGUGGUUUGGAGGUGCUGGUAAACGCCUACUGCAGUCGCCCCCUGCUGGCUUGGCGGUCCAGGGGGGUGAAGGCCCUCCAGCCAUUGGGGAGUUUCUGCAGUACAGCGCUACACGUGGUUGCCGGAAGUGUCCCCCCCCCCCCCCGUGUCCUCCGUAGCUCCGUUUUUGCCGGUGCACAGGCCAUGAAAUUGGGCAGCGCACAACUCGAAAAAUUUUCCUGUUUUUUUUAAUAUUGUUUCUGUCACGAUUUCACCAAUGAAGUGUUCCAGGCAGAAAGCUAUUCCAGGCGCUCUCUGUGCUACAUGACAGUGAUUUCUUGAAUAAACUAAUCGUACUAAUCCGAUGCUCAGUUGUUUUGCUUGUCGGCUUGUCUCUGUAUGUGCAGAAAAGCCAAAGUAGCCCCCCCUACCCACCCACCCGCAUAAAGAACAUGCUUCAUCUGUGUCCCCCUAUGGUCAAAUUACGUCAAGAUGAUCUGCUGUAGCCCAGAUCUCCUGAAGCCCAGAUCUCCUGACCUUUUUUUCCCUUCAGUAGCAAUCGGAGAACUGAAACUUCCAAACACGCUGGAAUUAUCUGCGUUCUGGAGUCCGCGCUUCCAGCUGCGUUAUGCCAGGUCAUGACUAAUGUGCUGCGGUUUGCUGCAUGUAGAACUAAAAUUCCACAUUUCAUCUUUUUACGAAUUUAGGCAUUACAUUUACGCAGUCAGAUCGGAGUUAUCUGUUUGAAUGACCCUCAGCCUCUGUGCUGUUGUACAAUGUCAGUGUUUAUAGGCAAAAUAAGAAGUGACUGUCAAAGUUGUGGUUUUCUGAAGUUCUGAUGAACUUACUCUACUUUUAUAUCACAGUAUAUUUUUGAAACUUAAUGAUGAAUAAUGGCUUUUUGUGUGUCGUCCAGUAGAUUUAGUUUUAAGAGAGUUUGAAUUCAUAUUGGCUGUGUGGUAGCUCUCUGCUUGCUAUAUGCUAGGGAGGCUGUGUGUGUGAGUGAGAGAGAGAGAGAGUGAGUGCCCUGUGAUUGGUAGGCAGCCUGUCCCGGGUCAUUUCCUGCCUUGUGCAUGUAGCUUCCAUGAUAGGCUCUGGGCCCCUGGUACCCUGCCCAGGAUGAGCAGGUAUGGGAGAUGGGCCGCUGGCAGGGAGAAUGCCGCCAUUUACGGGUGAAGCAGGAGUGUCGUUUUGUAGGUGCCUUCUCUUUUCCACCCCGCUUCCCUGUGCCUGAAGACUUAAUGUCACAAAGGAAGGGCAAAGUCUUCCCUGGGGCGUCCCGUCAUUGUGAAGAAUCCUGUGCCUUCAGGUAGGGUUAUGACACUAACCAGGAUGAUGGUGUUUUCCCAGGAUGUGUCAUUGCCCUUUUCACAAAAUAUCAAUUUGAAGGAUUGUUGUUGUUGCUAAAACUUAUGUCCCUGCUGCAGCUAAUCAUUUAGUAUCUAGAAGGUUAAUUUCUGAACAUGAGGAAUCUCCACAGGACAUUUGGAGGUGCCUUUAUUUUUUGCAAAGCAAUUUUUGUAUGCAUUAACCUCUUGAGAGCUUGCAGGAAGUGCAGGAUGCUCUGUCGGUAUCCUAGCAAACUGACAGUUGACAUCUUACUGGCAAAGUAAAUAAAUAAUAUGUAAUUUUUAAGUUCAAUUUGAAGUGUCAAACUGUCUGCAAUGAUUGCAAGUAUUGGUAUGUUGCCUUUUAGAAAUAAACUACUUCUAUA